AUGUCGCACCGUAAGUUCGAGCACCCGAGGCACGGAUCCCUCGGUUUCCUCCCCAGGAAGCGGUGCUCGCGCCACCGCGGAAAGGUGAAGGCCUUCCCCAGAGAUGACCAAUCCAAGAAAUGCCACCUCACUGCCUUCCUUGGCUACAAAUCUGGGAUGACUCACAUUGUGCGUGAGGUCGAGAAGCCUGGUUCCAAGCUGCACAAGAAGGAGACAUGUGAGGCUGUCACCAUUGUUGAGACACCCCCGAUUGUUAUUGUUGGACUUGUUGCCUAUGUGAAGACUCCUCGUGGCCUUCGUACUCUCAACUCAGUCUGGGCACAGCAUCUCAGCGAAGAUGUCAGGAGGAGGUUCUACAAGAACUGGUGCAAGAGCAAGAAGAAGGCCUUCACCAAGUAUGCUCUGAAGUAUGACAGUGAUGCUGGCAAAAAAGAAAUCCAUAUGCAGCUUGAGAAGAUGAAGAAGUAUGCUACUGUUGUCCGUGUUAUCGCCCAUACCCAGAUCAGGAAGAUGAAGGGAUUGAAGCAGAAGAAGGCUCACCUCAUGGAGAUCCAGAUCAAUGGUGGCACCAUCGCCGAUAAGGUUGACUAUGGUUACAGCUUCUUUGAGAAGGAAGUCCCUAUUGAUGCUGUGUUUCAAAAGGAUGAGAUGAUUGACAUCAUUGGAGUUACCAAGGGUAAGGGUUACGAAGGUGUUGUGACACGUUGGGGUGUCACCCGUCUUCCCCGCAAGACCCACAGAGGUCUUCGCAAGGUUGCCUGUAUUGGUGCCUGGCAUCCUGCUAGGGUGUCCUACACUGUUGCUCGUGCUGGUCAGAAUGGUUACCACCACCGAACUGAGAUGAACAAGAAGGUCUACAAGAUUGGCAAGGUUGGACAGGAAACUCAUGAUGCCUCUACCGAGUUCGACAACAGGACUGAGAAGGACAUCACUCCCAUGGGUGGCUUCCCUCACUAUGGUGUGGUGAAGGCUGACUACCUGAUGAUCAAGGGAUGCUGUGUCGGCCCCAAGAAGCGGGUGGUGACCCUCCGCCAGUCCCUGCUGAAGCAGACCUCUCGUCUGGCCCUGGAGGAGAUCAAGCUCAAGUUCGUCGACACCUCUUCCAAGUUUGGGCACGGUCGCUUCCAGACCACGGACGAGAAGCAGAGGUUCUACGGCAAGCUCAAGGCUUGA